CGGCGGGCUUCCGGGACGAGGUUACAGAAUAAAUGCCAUAUGAAAAAGUUUCAUCUAUCAUGGAAAAACGAGAGACAUUUGUACAAGCGGUGUCUAAGGAGCUGAUUGGAGAAUUUUUGCAAUUUGUUCAACUUGAUAAAGAUGCUUCUGACCCUUUCAGCCUAAAUGAAUUACUAGAUGAAUUAUCAAGGAAACAGAAAGAAGAGCUAUGGCAAAGGCUCAAGAAUUUAUUAAUAGAUGUGUUGUUAGAAAGCCCAGUGGCUGGGUGGCAGACGGUGGAAGUCCAGGGUGAAGAGGAUAUGGAAACAGAGCAUGAUUCAAAAAUGAAAAAAAACAUAGAAAUAAUUCAUGCAGUUACAUCUGUGGUUCUUGCUUCUGUAUCUGUAAUAAAUGAAAGUGAGAACUAUGAAGACUUACUGGAAUGUGCAGUUAUGUUGAAUGGUAUUUUAUAUGCAUUACCUGAUUCUGAAAAAAAGCUGCAGAGUUCCAUUCAGGACUUAUGUGUCAUAUGGUGGGAGAAAGGCCUGCCUGCCAAGGAAGAUAUGGGAAAGACUGCUUUUAUUAUGCUGUUAAGGAAGAGUCUAGAGACUAAAACAGGUGUGGACAUAUGUCGGCUUUGGCGUAUUCAUCAAGCUUUAUAUUGCUUUGAUUAUGAUUUAGAGGAAAGUAAAGAAAUUAAAGAUAUGCUACUUGAGUGUUUCAUAAGUGUUAAAUAUAUCAAGAAAGAAGAGGGAAGAAGAUUUCUUAGUUCUCUCUUCAAUUGGAAUAUAAAUUUUAUUAAAAUGAUCCAUGAGACCAUUAAAAACCAGUUACAGGGAUUACAAAAAUCUUUGAUGGUACACAUUGCAGAAAUUUAUUUCAGAGCUUGGAAAAAGGCUUCAGGGAAAAUAUUGGAGACAAUCGAAAACGGGUGCAUCCAGGACUUCAUGCACCACGGGAUCCACCUUCCGCGCAGGUCUCCAGUGCACCCCAGGGUGCGCGAGGUGCUGAGUUAUUUUCAUCAUCAAAAGAAAGUUCGUCAGGGAGUGGAAGAGAUGCUUUACAGAUUAUAUAAACCCAUCCUUUGGAGAGGACUAAAGGCCCGAAACUCUGAAGUCCGGUCAAAUGCUGCCCUGUUGUUCAUUGAAGCAUUUCCUAUUAGAGAUCCAAAUUUUAAUGCUAUUGAAAUGGAUAGUGAAAUUCAGAAACAGUUUGAAGAACUCUAUAGCCUUUUAGAAGAUCCUUAUCCGAUGGUCCGUUCUACAGGGAUCCUUGGUGUUUGUAAAAUAACUUCCAAAUACUGGGAAAUGAUGCCUCCAACCAUUCUUAUUGAUCUCCUCAAGAAAGUAACCGGGGAACUGGCAUUUGACACAAGCUCAGCUGACGUGCGCUGUUCUGUCUUUAAGUGUCUGCCAAUAAUUUUGGAUAACAAAUUAAGCCACCCAUUAUUGGAACAGCUUCUGCCAGCACUGAAAUACAGUCUCCACGACAAUUCAGAGAAAGUGAGAGUGGCUUUUGUUGAUAUGCUGCUGAAAGUCAAAGCCGUGCGGGCUGCUAAGUUUUGGAAAAUAUGCCCCAUGGAGCAUAUUUUGGUUCGUCUGGAGUCAGAUUCCCGGCCUGUGUCUCGGCGCCUGGUGAGCCUUGUCUUCAACUCUUUCCUGCCCGUGAACCAGCCCGAAGAGGUGUGGUGUGAGCGCUGCGUCACGCUGGUGCAGAUGAACCCCGCAGCCGCCAGGACGUUCUAUCGGCAGGCUCACGAGCACACCGCCUGCACGAACAUAGCAAAGCUGAUUCACGUGAUUCGCCACUGCUUGAACGCCUGCAUCCGGAGGGCCAUGCGCGAGCGCCACGAGAGCCACGAGGAGAGGGAGAAGGAGAACGUGAGUGUUCUGGACAACACAUUGUCUGUAAGCGAUGUUGCAUCCAUGGCCGGUUUGUUAGAAAUCGUUGUGAUUCUCUGGAAAAGUAUUCACAGAAGUAUGGAAAAUAAUAAGGAAGCCAGAGUUUACACCAUUAACAAGUUUGCCUCUGUGCUCCCUGAGUACCUGAAAGUCUUCAAGGAUGAUCGCUGCAAGAUCCCUUUGUUUAUGCUCAUGUCCUUUAUGCCGGCCUCUGCUGUGCCUGCAUUCAGCUGUGGUGUGAUUUCCACAUUAAGAAACCAGGAGGAAGGAGCAACAGACAAGCGCUAUUGUACUUUGUUGGACUGUCUCUGCUCCUGGGGACAAGUGGGACACAUUCUGGAACUCAUCUGCGACUGGCUGCCAGAAGAACAACCCCAGAACAAGAGUAACUCAGCAUCUAAACGGAAAGUGCAAAUCCAUGACACACGCCCAGUAAAACCUGAAUUGGCCCUGGUUUACAUAGAGUAUUUGCUGACCCAUCCAAAGAAUCGACAGUGCCUGCUCUCUGCUCCCCAGAAGAAACUUAACCACCUUUUGAAAGCACUUGAAAUGUCAAAGGCCGAUCUGGAAUCAAUUUUGCAGUUGCCAGGUGGGAAACCUCAUAACUUUAAUGAAGCAAUGGCCCUGCGAGCCUUCAGCCUCCACUGCCGGCUGAGUAUUCAUCUUCAGCACCAGUUCUGCUCAGAAGGGAAAGUUUACCUGUCCAUUUUGGAAGACACUGGGUUUUGGUUAGAAAACAAAGUUCUGUCUUUUAUUCAAGAUCAAGAAGAAGAAUAUCUCAAGCUUCAUAGGGUUGUUUAUCAGCAAAUCAUCCAGACCUACCUGACAGUAUGUAAGGAUGUUGUGAUGGUUGGCCUUGGCGAUUACAAGUUUCAGAUACAACUUUUACAAUGGAGUCUCCGAAUCAUGCAAACAGUGAAGGGCUUCUUUUAUGUGUCAUUACUUCUGGGCAUUCUGAAAGAGGUAACCAGAAGUUCCUUGAUGCAGAAACCAGACUCAGACGAAGAAGUUGCAACGCUGUUUGAUAUGGUCCAGAAAGUAUUUCAGAAACUGUUGGAAUGUAUGGCCCGGAGCUUCAGGAAGCAACCAGAAGAAGGCCUACGGCUUCUUUAUUCAGUUCAGAGUUCUCUCCAUGAAUUUAUAAUGACCGUUCAGUCUUGGCACAUGGACACGCCUGUCCAUCGGGGCAUGCUCUCGACUGUGAUUGCUGCAUCUGUGGUGGAGAUAAGUCACCAACUACGGAAGGUUUCUAAUAUGGAAGAGCUCACCACCCCUGAGGUUCUUUCAGACCUCCCACCAUUUUCAAGGUGUUUAAUAGGAAUGAUAAUGAAGUCUCCGGAUGUGAUCAGGUCAUUUUUAGAUGAAUUAAAGGCAUGUGUUACUUCUGAUGAUAUUGAAGGCAUUGUGUGUCUCACAGCUGUUAUGCAUAUUAUUUUGGUUAUUAAUAAAGGUAAACAGAGGAGUUCAAAAGUGAAGGAUGUUGCAGCCACUGUUCACAGAAAACUGAAGACGUUCAUGGAGAUCACUCUGGACGAGGACAGCACGGAGAGGUUUCUCUAUGAAUCAUCAUCAAGAACUCUGGGAGCAUUUCUGAAUUCAUAACCAAGCCAACAUCUUUGGUCAUGUGAAAACAGAGAAAAGGAUUUAGCAAAAGUGAAAUGAAUGUGUGUUUUUUAGUGUUUUUAAUGUUAGUAACCCAUAUCAU